AUGCAUUGGGAAGAGUUUGGGCGGGUCGCGGUUGAUAUCGGACCUGUAAAUGAAGAAAUUUUCAUUGCAGUGGGCAUAAUUAAUGGUGUGGUGGGGCUUAGUUGCGCGCUCGUUGGUCUGCCCAGGGCGAAGGAGUUCACCGUGGUGGACAUGCCACUCCUGGAGCGGCUCUUCAUGUUCCUGCCGCCUAAUGUUGUGGUGGGGCUUAGGAUCGCUUGUGCUCCCAACCCGCGGGUGCUCGCCUACCUAGACACAAAGAGCUCGCAUGCUACAGAUUGGUGUCAGCAUCAUUGGGGCACAUCUCUCUGGUCUACAUCUCUCUUGCAACUUGAAAUUAUUCCAUCGACAUUGAUCCAACCAUCAUGUUCUCCUUUGUGA